UUUUAUUACGAAUCCAAAAGCUUCGCUUCUUUUCCAUUGGAAGAAAAUGAAACAAGUCUCGUCGGUCCUUCCUGUCGGUGACGUCAUGUUGUUAUGCAUGCCAGCUGAUCUGGCAGGCAAGGCGCUCCAACAUCAGCAACUGUAGGGACAACGGCAACUAUCGCUUAUCUAAAAAUGCCGUGAUCUGAACUCGUCAUUACAUGUCAUGAAUUUGCUCACAAUUGGCACGCUGGGAGGGUUGGAAUAAGCAGCAAAAGCUGACCAUCUUAUUGUUUUAGGGAGAGCGUAAAUUAAGCUUUCGCACUGUAUUUGAUUUUUUUUUCCCCACACAAGACAACUUCUGAAAAUGGUGGACAUCCAGAGACUGUACAGUUGGCCUUAACGGGCCUUGUUAGCUCGCUGAUCGUGGAGAGUGGAUUGCUUCUUUGUUUUUUAAAAGUUUCAAGUUCAGCCAGCGCUAAAGGGGAAGCCUGCAAAUGAAAGCAAGUCUAAGGAAGAAAUAGACGAGCCCCAAAUGCAACGUAGGUUACUCGCCUAUUCCUACCCGGAAAUCGUAGCGCCAGCGUUUUAAAAAUAUUCCCGUUGCAGCAAGGAGGUGGAAAAUGUGGCUGAAGCUGUUUUUUCUGCUGUUGUAUUUUUUGGUCUUAUUCGUUCUGGCACGGUUUUUCGAAGCUGUCGUGUGGUAUGAAACUGGUAUUUUUGCAACUCAGCUGGUGGACCCUGUGACGCUGAGCUUUAAGAAGCUGAAGACGAUACUGGAAUGCAGAGGGCUGGGAUACUCCGGGCUCCCAGAGAAGAAGGAUGUCCGGGAGCUGGUCGAGAAAUCAGGUGAUCUCAUGGAGGGCGAGCUGUAUUCAGCUCUGAAGAGUGAGGAGGAGGCCUCGGAUCCAGUCUCCAGCACCUCUUUUAGUGGAGAGAUGCAUUUCUAUGAGCUUGUAGAGGACACCAAAGAUGGCAUCUGGUUGGUUCAGGUCAUCGCCAAAGACCGAGACCCGCUGGUGAGUAAAACCAACUGGGGGAAAAUGGUGAAGAAGGUGUCGCAUUUUGGGAUCCGCACUGGCACAUUCAACUGCUCCAAUGACUCCAGGUACUGUCGAAAACGGGGAUGGCUGAAGUCCACCCUCAUUAUGUCGGUCCCCCAGACCAACACCUCCAAGGGGAAGGUGAUGUUGAAGGAGUACAAUGGCAACCGGAUCGAGACGGAGCACAUCUUCAAAUGGAUGACGGCGCACGUGGCCUCACGGAUCAAGACCGUGCGCCUGGCCGAGCAGCUGGUGGCCGAGUGGAACAGGAGCGACCGGGACCAAGUGAAGAUGUACCUGUUCGCCAAGCUGGACCAGCCGCCGGCCUUCUUCUCCGCCCUGAGUGUCAAAUUUACCGGCCGGAUCGAGUUCAUCUUUGUCGACGUACAGAACUGGAGCAACGAGAGCUACAUGAAGGAAAUUGGCGUACAGCAGAUACCGUCCUACAUACUCAAAAUGCCCGAGGGCACCUACAGGUAUGGAAACAGCACAGGCGAGUUCAUUUCCCUCAGCGCGAUGGACACUUUCCUGCGCUCGGUGCAGCCAGAGGUCAACGACCUGUUUGUCUUAAGUCUCGUCAUGGUCAACCUCAUGGCUUGGAUGGAUUUGUUCAUAACACAAGGGGCCACUAUAAAACGCUUUGUCGUUCUCAUUAGCACACUGGGGACCUACAACUCUUUGUUAAUAAUUUCCUGGCUCCCUAUACUGGGAUUUCUGCAGUUGCCAUACCUAGAUAGUUUUUAUGAAUACAGCCUAAAAUUACUGAGGUAUGCUGACACAACCACCAUUGCCUCCUGGGUGAGAGCAGACUGGUCGUUCUACUCCUCCCAUCCUGCGCUCUUCCUCAGCACUUACUUGGGCCACGGCCUCCUGAUCGACUACUUUGAGAAGAAGAGAAGACGCAACAACAACGACGACGAGAUCAACGCCAACAACUUGGAGUGGCUCUCCAGCCUGUGGGACUGGUACACCAGCUACCUCUUCCACCCCAUUGCCUCCUUCCAAAACUUCCCCAAUGAAUCAGACUGGGACGACGACCCCAACCUGCUGCUGGAGAGGCUGGCAUUUCCAGAUCUGUGGCUUCAUCCACUGAUCCCCACUGACUACAUUAAGAGCCUGCCCACCUGGAAUUUCAAGUGCACCCGAGCUCAGAGCUGCGAUCGGGAGCCGAACGCAGGCUCCUGGAGGGAGAGUGACCGUGAAUUGGAAAGUGAACUCAGGAGCGAGCUGGAGCCAUCGGACGACGAGUGGUGUGGGCCUGAAAAAGAACGUACCCCCCCACGUGCGUGUGUUUGCAAAAACGUGGAAAAUGGCUCCUGUAAAAAUGAAAGUGACUGCCCUGGAAAUCUUAACGCUAAAGAAGAUCUGGAACCUGACUGGUCGAAAUGGCCCAAUCACAUGCUGCAUUGCACAGAAUGUGUCGUUUGUUUGGAGAAUUUUGAGAAUGGUUGUCUCGUAAUGGGACUCCCAUGUGGCCAUGUUUUCCACCAGCAGUGCAUUGUGGUCUGGCUGGCAGGCGGGCGGCACUGCUGUCCAGUGUGCAGGUGGCCAUCCUACAAAAAGAAACACCGCAGACAGGACCAGGAAGCACAACAGCAACAGCAGUAGCAGAUACCGCACUCUUGGUCAUUAAGUGAAACUGCUUCUUAACACUGGCUGGGAAUCUGCCUCCUGCACUUAAUAUCUUAAUACUUGAUGUGUUAAUGUUAGUCGUUAGAACUAUGUUGUUUUUUUGUGGUUUGAACUUUAGUUUAAAAGUGUAGGGCAGAGUAAUGAAAAAUAAAUCAAGCUGAUCUGUUGUAUUGUAGCACUAAUUUAAUAUUUGUUUUUAUUUUGGUUGCCUUGUACUUUAAAAAAAAUAACAAAUAAAUUAAAUGGAUGCAUUUCGACUGUAGUGAAAAAUGCAUAAAGGGUGCAGUAAAAAAUGCAGUGUAUGAAAAGGGUAAAAUUGUCACAAAGGUAAUCCGAGACGCUCAAAACUUCUUUGUUUAUAAAAGCAGUGAAAUGGACAGUAGUCUCUAUUUUAGCCGGUUUGUCCUGUUUUGUUUCCCUUCAUGUGGGUAAUUAUCUUGUACCCUGAUGGGUGAUAGGAUCCUAUGCUGUUUCAAAAGGUUCUUUCUUUGGGGGAGUUUCCAAUAGGUUAACAUCUUGACUCGCAGUACAACACAUGAAGUGCCAUUCUAAUCCUCUCAAACUCUUUUCGGGGGGGCUGGGUAGAUGGCUGAGAUCGCAGGAGAGAACAUGUGUGCACGCUCAGUACAGUACAGUACUCCAUUCAAACUACUACCUACAGUUAAUAAGGCACAAAGGUUGUUUUAUCUAGAAAGGAUGACACAGGUGCGUCACAGCUGUUAACAAAAUAUUGGGAAAAGUGUAUGGGGUUGCCUAGCUGAAGCAGAGUAGGUUUGUCUUGGUUGUAUAGAUGGGAUAAGCCACUGAAAUUUGCCUUUCAGAUUCUUUAACUCUGAGUCUUCCAGAUCUACAGUUCUGCUCUGAACGACAAAACUCCUUGAAAUAGUCUGCUAGUGCCGGUGAAUAUGUCCUUGAACUGCAGCUGCCUGUUUAAAAUAGACAUCAGGGCCAGAAGUUCAAUGCCUUUUUACAAAUUAACCCAAAUGGCUCCAGCUAUGCUCUCAAUACACAUUUUAUUAGAUAAAGCACCAUCCUGGAAGAGAUAUUUAAAACCUCUUUAAUAUGUUUUCCGACUGCUGUGAUCUUUAAUUUUCUUUAAAAUGCAUCUACAUUUUUAACACCCUAAAUGCAAAAGUGAUCACGAGUAUCAACAACAGUUUUCUAGGGGAUCAUUGUACAGCUGGAAAACAUUCGAGCUUGAACAACAUUUUGAAUCGGAUUAUAACGUGAGCUCCUAAUAAAAUGAGUAUAAGAGUCAUAGCUAUAGAGAUUUCUAAAGACUUUUGAGAUAUUUCCUGGCACAAUUUUUUGUCUAGACUGGAAGAAUAAAAAAUGCUGAGAACUUUUGGAAAACUACCAGUAACACAGUGUAUCAGGUCAGAAAAUUUAUAACAUCAUGGUAUCUUAUACCACGUGUACAAUACAUUUUUUACUGAACUAUGAAUAAGGUGGAUUUUAAUGGCUGUAAUUAUGUAGAAGAAUGGAGAAUCAAUUAGUGGGAGCCUAAAACUUUCCUUAUGUGUGCUGUAGUGUCCAUUGUAGAAAAUGCCUGCUAAAUAUGUAGAAAAGCCAAUGAAUGAACUACUGUACUGAAGGGGAAUACAUUGAGUGAGAGUAUUUUGCACGUUUUUGGUGAUCUAAAACACUACAUUUUUCACUAGCUUUUUCUUUAAGCAUCAAAACGCUAUUGGACUUGUAACCUUUUCAUUUGCUUAGUAUUUUACAUAGAACAUAAGCAUACAAACAGGAGGAGGUAGUUUGACCUGUAUAGCCCCAUUAGUAGUUAGUAGCUAAUUGAUCCAAGUAUCUCAUCCAGAUCUCUCUUUAAAAAUCCUGGGUGUUGGCUUCAACAACAAACAUAGCUGGACAGAAUGUUCCAUUCUACUGUUUUACAUCUAAUAUUACAUCUUUAUUCACCCCAUGCUUUAUUAUUUGCCAUCAGAAUCUGAUUUAUACCAGCUUUCUGAAGACAUCAUGUGACUGGUGCUUGAAAAUCUAAAGCAAACUGUUUACUGGCCCACUGCAGUUCCUUUCAUUUGUAUAGCUGAUUCGCCUAAAUUUAAGGUGUUGGUUAAUGUCAGAGAUUCUUUGUUCGCAGGGUUUUUGCAGGCAGACGUUUUGAAAAUGAAGGUGAUUGUUUAUUCCGCUGUGGUCCUAGUUUACAGGUUUACCCAAGAAGAAGUCAAUGUCAAACAGUUGUGUUUAGACGUGUUUGCUGAGAGGAAGUGUGUGUAUGUGGGGGGCUGUAUUAAGAGCCAGCCAAAUAAUUAGUAUAAAAGUGCUGAGACCAAGAGUUCACAAACUGUAAAAUCCUUUUUUUUUGUUAAAGCUUCAUGGAGUGAAACGUGAAAAGCUACUCAUGAAUGUUCAAUAAAACUAUGUGUAUAGCAUA